CUCAAGUACCCAAUUUUCUGCUUAAAAAGUAGUCUGUUGGUGGCCAGGCUGGCAAUAUAUUGACACUGACAGAGGCCUUAUCACUUCCUCAGAAUAUCUAGGAGGAUAAGGAAGUGAGGAAACAGUUGGACAAGAUGAAAAGCAUAGUUGCUGUGGUGGUCCUUAUCCUGUGCAUGAUUUUCUUUACGAAUGGGACAGGACCAUUCUUUGGUAAUAAGUACUGGAUCUUACUUGGACAGACUAAGCCUGGCAACCACCACCCUGGCAUCACAAUAAAGGAGGAGACGAACGUCACAAUCAACGAGACCAGGAACGUAGAUGGAUGCUUGAACUCUUGGAUCUUCACAAGUGGAUGGAUAUAUUUUUCACAGGAUGGGAGUUUAGAUUUUGUGGGGAAGAGUUUUACUGUCGGAGGUUACUACUACUACACCGAUCGCAAUUCAGAUGAAGAUAUCCCGGUUAUGAUACUAUGGCACCCAGGUCUCGUGUAUCUGGCACAAUUUGGAGCAAAACCAAAUGCGAGAUCUUAUUACUCAUUUCGCCAUAGCUCAAGCCUCAAGGUCAACUCUUGGGUAUUUGUGGGUUUCAGUUUGGAUUCCAGUGGGCCUGAGAACAAAUUGAUGGGUUGGGUGGAUGACGUUGUGACGAGAAAGAGCAUAUUCGACAGUAUAUAUAAAGACGUGAUGAAAAGUGACAUUGUAUUUGGCAAGUAUUUUAAGAGGUUAGCCCCAUUCCGAAGAACUGAAUUGGCUGGUAUGACGGUUAUGGAAGGAUCUAUCGAACCAUCACAGAUCGAAACAUUCAAGGCUGAUAUUCUUUCAACACUUACCCCAACAUGUCAAACCAGCACAACUGCCACCAUUGGUCAAACCAGCACAACUGCCACCAUUGGUCAAACCAGCACAACUGCCACCACUGGUCCAACCAGCACAUCAACUGCAACCACUGGUCCAACCAGCACAUCAACUGCCACCAUUGGUCCAACCAGCACAUCAACUGCAACCACUGGUCCGAGCACAAUAACUGCAACCACUGGUCCAACCAGCACAUCAACUGCAACCACUGGUCCAACCAGCACAAUAACUGCAACCACUGGUCCAACCAGCACAUCAACUGCAACCACUGGCCCGGGUUCAGGUGGAGGCAGAGCAGCAGGACUAUCAAGAUUCCCGCUGGCAACAAUGAUGACCCUCGCCUUGAUUGUUGGUGCAAUGCUGACAUUGCAAAAUCAGUCAUAAAACUAUUCAAAGGGGUACGCCGUUCGUAACUACUGGUGGUCAAGGAAAAUACCAAUGCAGUCAUAGACAAUGCCAUAUUGCAUUUGAGAUGCACACGAAUUUGCUGAAACUUGGUAUUCAUAGUAUUUGUAUAUCCGUCAAAACAACAGCAAUGCUGAAAUUAAUAUGUUAUGCAUUUGGAACCUAAUGUGCUUAUAUAUAAAAUGUAACACUAAAUAGCUACUAUAAUAUAAUAAUGUUGCCUUCUUUCUUGAUAGGACAAAUAAGAAUGGCAGUUUCAGGAGGUGGCGCAUGAGGUACCCAACCCCCUUUUUCUUCGGAAAGCAAUGAUUUUUCAUGGAGCCUCGCCCCAAGAAGCAAAUAACCCCUUUUUUAUCCACAGAUGCCCGGAAAUCACAUUUGGCUCAUUGAAUUUUAUAUUUCAUACUGGGGAGGGCCCCUCAGACCACCAUCGUUUCCAAGAUCGCACCUUCGGUUCAAUCUGGAUGGGACCGCACUCCCUUUUCAAGAUUUCGUCACUGAGUAACUGACAUCAUUUUGCAAACUACUAGAUGUAUCAGAAAAAUUUGUGGCUAAGGAAGAGCUCAAAUUAGAUCAGAUACA